AUGCAAGUCGACGAAGAUGCCGAAGCCAAUAAUCGAGUCGAAGCGUAUACAAUCACGGAACAAGCCGAAGGCAACAGCACGACAACCCAGGAUUUCAAAACGAAAUCCUUCCGCAACACCGCGACCAUGUCCACAUCAGCCAUCACAGCUCUACGGCCAAAGUUACAAGCUCUACGCAUCGGAAAGGGUCAACUCAUCCCGGUCGACGAUGACGAUCCAAAUCAAGGUUGGGCUUGGGACUGGCCCGAAGAGCAGGAUCCUCCAACCUCUUCAGAGGCUCUGCACAAUGACGAGAGCGAAAAGGGCUUCUGGAUCCAGUCCUCGGCUCCCGCAACCACCUUUCCCCUCGGCGAAAUCAUCCAGGCGCGACACGAUCAACUCCAUUCGAGGCUUUUCAACAGUUGA